AUAGCAUUCUAGAAUUUCGAAAAAAUUACACUGGUUUGGCAUCGCGACGUUUCAUAUGACCGCCAUGUUGUUUCCCCAUAAGUUCCCAUUUCUACUGACGACCGUGCCGUUCCUCGUCGUUGGUUUCUUCCUGUGGAGCACCGGAGUGUCCGCUCACAGUGGGCACGGGGAAGGUCACCCGUACAUACCGACACACAUCUCGUCCCAUCACGGAUGUACCAGAGGGGACUGGGCGGCCUGGUCUGAAUGCACUUUCCAAUGCGGGGAGAACGGCACCCAGUACCGAAAGCGGUACAACAACUACCACUGCCCGCACCACCUGGAAACGGUGUACCGCCAGUGUAACCGGCGCUGUUACAACGGUGGGGAGUUGUCCGACAGUUACAGCGGCGUCUGCGAAUGUCCUGACAACUUUGAUGGUGCCUGCUGCGAGAAUUUUGAUGAUUCUGUGGUGGUGACACCGUUUAGCUGCUACACGUGUGACGAGGCGUACAGCACGCAGGCAACAUGCGUCAGCAACCCGACUUCUCUGCCUACCGUCAGCUGUAAUACCACGUGCUUUGUGAAGCUUACGCUGGAAGAACAUACGGAUGACGUCACCCAUAUCAAGCGGGGAUGUAAGUCAACCUCCGAGCUUGAUACGGACCCGUGCGUACCCCAGCGGUGCCCCAACCCCAGCGCACACCCCUACCACAGCGUACCCGACAACGGCACGUGCGGACUCUGCUGCACUGACGACCUCUGUAACCAUGGCCUACCGGCAAGCACCGCGGCGGAAGUGACGUACAACAUCGUUUCCACUGCACUGAUGCUUGGAUUAGCAAUGAUGUUGAAAUAAUCUCAAAGUUGAUGUUAAACUAAAUUUUAUCGCUAACUCGCGUGUUUGUUUAUUAACGAAAAACGACAAUGAAUUUUGUUGUACAGAAGGACAACACAAUAGCCAAUAGUGAUGUUACAAUAUGUAUAUUGCAUUUAACAUAAUACAAAGAGUAUAUCGAAUGUGCUGUAUUCCCAUAAUCAAGAAAUGUAUAAUACUGUAGAUAUCAACAACAAAGGCACCAACAAGACACCAGUAUCUUAAUCAUUUUCUACAACAUCAGUUUAGUUCUAAGUGAUGGUCAAAUUCGAAGACUUUGGGUUCCUUGUUUGCUACAUAUGCUACUACAUACUGCAAAUGAUUUGUCAAAUGUCAGCCAAUCUGAGAAUCGGGCAGUUCUUUGAUUGGCUGCCAGCUGCUAGAGACCACGCCCCAGAGUGAAAACCUCAGCCCGGUGUAGCGGAGCCUCCCCAAGGUAUAUUGUAUAAGCCCCAGGCGUGGCUUCGCGUGAAAGCCUUUCCGGGUGCUGUCCUUGGUACUAACGGGCAUAUCAAAACCUACCCCAUGACCACGACGAACGGUACCACGGACAGACCUCUUCAAUUCAUCGCAGAAUUUCCUAUUCUAAGCACUGUUUGAGGAAUAUUCUUGAAUCUUUUUGACAUAGGGCUAUUGUAUCUGAUAAAAAAGUUUAAAAAUUCAGAA